AACUAGUGAUGUCGAGAUACUUGAAUGCCUGAAUUGGAGUUUCAAUGAUACACUACCGAUGGAAACUUCUACUUUGACAAACCUCAUCAAACAGUUCAGACUCUAUCGGAAACAUCAACCAAACGGACAUGUAACUGUGCUAUCAAAAGAUGGAGCGACCUGCUGCGGAGUGUUUUGCGCUGUGUAUAACGCCAUAGAACAGCUACAACAGGACGACGAGGUGGACAUAUUUACUAUAGUCCAGCAGCUGCAGUGCAGAAGACCAGAGAUGAUAUCUACUAAGGAUGAAUAUGAAUUUUGUUUCAAAGUAGUUUCUGAUUUUCUGAAUACCGAGAGUGUUUAUGCCAACACAUGACAGAUUCAUCUUUUACGAUAUGAUCAUAUUUUAUGACAUCAUGAUAUUUAAAAACAAUUAUUCCGACUAGUCCUUGUAAGCGGUAUUAAUAGCACAGUCAAUAUUAAG